AUGGCUCGCUGCUCUGGCUGCUCCCAACGCUUUGACCUCCUUGUUGAGGGUACUCGCUGUGGUCGUUGCACCAAGCGCGCUCCACGGCCUAACGUUGAGGAGUGGGGGAUGUGCAACAAAUGCGGGGAGGUCUUUGAGUUCAUGGACCAAAAUGUAUGUUUUGAUUGCUCGAAGUAUACCGCAGGUAAUGGGGUACAACAGGCGAGUCGUGAAGCUAUUGCGAAUCCGGUCAACGUCAGAACACAUACAAAUUCUGGCGGUGGAACUAGUGCCCAAUUCCAGGGCGCUGGAAACCAGCAGCUGCAAGAAGAAGCUCUCAGAAUCAUGUCCAGCAUGAGUCAUUCGUACACAGAUGCUCAUGCUCGGACCUCGGGGACUAGAUUUCAAGGUCGUAUCGCUCCAUCAAAGCUCAAGUUAAAGACAGCUGCCGAACUUGGUAUACCCAGGCCUGUAAAAAGGCUGAACCUUAAGAUUGUGAAGCUCUUCGAUUUCAGACAGGGGAAGUAUCUUCCCGGUGCUCCUUUCCAUGCCGAUAAUACAGAGUACCCGGACGACACACCUAUGGCGACUGUUCUUGAAGAUAUCCGAACAAAGGUGGAUAAUGCGUACAAGAAGGACCGAGAUUAUCGGGUCUAUGAUAUAAACGAGUUCACAAUGCUAUGGGCUUCUGCAAGGGUCGCAGUAGACCCAUCCCUCUGCACAGGGACGCUUCGUGACCUAUGGCGUGCCUGCUCUGCAAACUCGCUCCUUGUCUCACCUGCCGACGUUAAAAAGAGCCUCAUCGAAUGGGCUGUUGCUGUGAACUAUGAUGAGGCUCGCAAUGAUACUGACGAUGAUGACACUGUUCCCGAGUUUCAAGGUGUCGGCGCCGCCGCACUUCAAGCUAACACGUCCAAGGGCGCUUCAGCCAAACGAAUGCGGACAAUCAUACCUUCCGGAAGGAACGCCUAUGUCACGAGGCUGGGUGUUGCUCAGUCUACGGGCAUUGUACACAUCGUUUUGAAAGGAUACUGGACCUGGGUUGAAGACAGUGCUGUCUGGGUAGAGGAACAGGAACCCUUCAAAGUCGUGGUUGAUAAGGAGUCCUUCGCCUCGGGAGUGACGAAGAAGGCCGUCAAGAUGUACAUUGACAAGAAAAAGUACGCUGCAAAGUACUUUUAUGACAUCGACGGCAGUGGUGCUGUCUCGCAUAAGGAUAACCUUGUGCAUCUGAAAGAUGAACUUCUCCGUGGCCACAUCCUUGAGGUGGCAGCAGAGAAAUUUGUGAAGUCCGCGCGCCAUGCAAAGAUAUCGACGUAUGAUAUCCGGGGCCCGGCCGAGAGCUUCAUUCUCACUGUUGUCGAAGGGCCCUCGAAAGGACGUGCUUGGCUCGUUGACCCACUCUUUGAGAACGCUGUUAUGCGCAAGUUCUCAGGCACAGACCUGGCAGGUGCUAACAGCGAUUUGGCUGGGAGGACCUGUGACGCCUUUGCCCAUUUCUCCCUUGAUGACUCUGACGGUUCAGUCGUCUUUGUCGAUAUCCAAGGCAUUGACUCUUCAACGCUUCCCAUUACCUCGGGGAUACCACUUAAUGUCGCGCAUUCUGUCACACUUUUCGAUGUGAUGAUCCAUAGCUCGGACGGAGUAUAUGGUCUGGGAGAUCAAGGAUGGACUGGUAUUAGGGAUUUCGUUACCCAGCACAAGUGUAACACAAUCUGCGCAAAGCUCGGGCUACGCGAUGUUCGAGAACUUUGGGAUGAGUAUCACGCUGACGAGCACCCUGCCCUCGAAGACAAGAACAAUAAGCCCAACGCCGAUACCACAUACGACCUGGAUGAUGUAGACCGGCUUGAGAUGGAGAAUGACCCGGAUGCAGACUUAGACCAAGAUGGAGUCGGUGACGACAGGACUACGGCGGGAGAUAAUUGA